AUGUCUCAAUCUUCUCCUUUCUUUUCCAUUGCCCGCGCACAUGCUGGAGCAGGAGGGCGAGCUGCGGCUGCCGCUCUCCUGCUCCGUUGCCCUGCCGCUCAGCUGCCACCUACCAUCCACUGCCCGAGGUACUUCCGUCUGGCUAAAGUGUCACCUGCCAAGACACUGAGCUCACACCUGGUGCUUCCGCGUGCCACACUCUCCUCCUUUGCAAACGCUGACGAUGGCUCCGGUGCAAAACCAGAUGCCUCGGGGGAGCAGAGCGCAGGAUCCGAGCUGUCAGAGAUGGCAAAGGCAUUCCAUAUUUCACCACGGAUGGCCAUGUCAAUCUCUGUGGUGAUUGCAUUUGCAGCUCUCACUGUUCCACUGGCGAUGCGCUCACUGCUCUUCCAUGGGACGACCAAGAUGAAGGUGCUGGCAUAUCUGACCCUCUUGUCAGGAUUCUACAUGGCAUGGAACAUUGGAGCGAAUGAUGUGGCAAAUGCCAUGGGGACGUCGGUAGGGUCUGGUGCUUUGACUCUCCGGCAGGCGGUGCUGACUGCAGCUGUGCUAGAGUUCUCUGGCGCAUUCCUUAUGGGCACCCAUGUCACCAGCACCAUGCAGAAGGGCAUCCUCGUCACAUCUGUCUUCCAAGGAAAUGAUUCUCUGCUCUUUGCUGGAUUGCUGUCCUCCCUCGCUGCUGCUGGUACAUGGUUACAGGUUGCUUCCUCUUAUGGCUGGCCUGUGUCAACUACCCAUUGUAUUGUUGGGGCCAUGGUUGGUUUUGGGCUGGUAUAUGGAGGGGUCAAUGCAGUUUUCUGGAGCUCCUUGGCUAGAGUAUCUUCGUCAUGGCUUAUUUCUCCACUGAUGGGUGCUGCAGUCUCAUUUCUUGUUUACAAGUGCAUACGCAGGUUUGUGUACAGCGCACCAAAUCCAGGUCAAGCUGCAGCUGCUUCUGCACCUAUUGCAGUUUUUACUGGUGUCACUGCAAUCUCGUUUGCCGCUUUCCCUCUCAGCAAGACAUUUUCCAUUGCCGUUCUGCAAGCAUUAGUAUGUGGGGCAAUAGGAGCUGUCUUUGUUAGCAGGGCAAUCAAAAAACAGCUUGGUGACCUACUGUCAUCAGAAGCAGAAAAGAUAGCAACAGCUGACAAUACAGAUGUUCAGCAAGGUGGAUUUGACGUCGCUGGCCCUAGAGGAGCUCAAUUGCAGAUUGUCUACGGCGUAUUUGGCUACAUGCAGGUCCUGUCAGCAUGCUUCAUGUCAUUCGCUCAUGGAGGCAAUGAUGUCUCCAAUGCCAUAGGACCUCUGGCCGCAGCUUUGUCUCUUCUUCAAGGCGUAGCAAGCAGCGCUGAGAUAGUCAUACCGACUGAAGUCCUUGCUUGGGGUGGUUUUGGAAUUGUCGCAGGGCUUACAAUGUGGGGUUAUAGAGUCAUAGCAACAAUUGGCAAGAAAAUCACCGAAUUAACACCCACAAGGGGGUUCGCAGCAGAGUUUGCUGCCGCUUCUGUGGUCUUGUUUGCAUCUAAGCUUGGGUUGCCAAUAUCUGCUACACAUACACUUGUUGGUGCAGUGAUGGGUGUGGGAUUUGCAAGAGGUCUCAACAGAGUCAGAGCAGAGACUGUGCGUGAAAUUGUGGUCUCCUGGGUAGUCACAAUUCCAGUUGGUGCUUUGCUAUCAGUCUUCUAUACAUUAAUCUUGACCAAGAUUCUGAAAUACUUUAUGUGA